UUCCUCCUCCUCAUCCUCUUCCUCCUCUUCCUCCUCCUCCCCCUCUUCCUCCUCCUUAUCCUCCUCCUCUUCCUCUUCCUCCUCCUCCUCCUCCUCUUCAGUCCAUCAGUGUGUCAGUUAGGUGUUGAUCUGAAACGCUCGGUUAGUUUCUACAACAACAGCAGCAUCAGUUUCACCAUCAGUCAGUUCAUUAUGAUGAUGAUGAUGAAGAUGGUCUGUGUGAUCCUCCUCUCCAUCAGCGGUUUGUGGUGGGAGCAGCACGCCGCCGCCCUGCCAACCUCCACGGUGCGGGUGAGAGUCGGGGAGGACGUCAUCCUGCAGUGCCCCCUGCUGGACGCCUCCACGGUUAACGCCUCCACGGUUAACACCUCCACCGCCAACGCCUCCACGGUUAACGCCUCCACGGUUAACGCCUCCACCGCCAACGCCCCCAGCGCCAACGUCUCCACCGUUAACGCCUCCUCCGCUAACGCCUCCAACGCCAAUGCCUCCACCGCCAACGCCUCCACCUCUAACGCCUCCACCGCCAACGCCUCCAGCGCCAACGCCUCCACCGCCAACGCCUCCACCGCCAACGCCUCCACGGUUAAUGCCUCCAGCGCCAACGCCUCCACGGCCAACUCCUCCACCUCUAACGCCCCCACCUCUAACGUCUCCACAGUUAACGCCUCCACCGCCAACGCCUCCACCGCCAACAUCACGGUUAACGCCUCCAACGCCAACGCCUCCACGGCCAACGCCUCCACCUCUAACGCCUCCACCGCCAACGCCUCCACAGUUAACGCCUCCACCGCCAACGCCUCCACCGCCAACAUCACGGUUAACGCCUCCAACGCCAACGCCUCCACGGCCAACGCCUCCACCUCUAACGCCUCCAACGCCUCCAACGCAAACGCCUCCACCAACCUCAGCUGGUACAGGCAGGCAGCAGGACAGCGUCCGGAGCUGCUGCUGAGCUUCAGGUCUACUAACGCCUCCCAGGUGAAGUACGGCGCCGGCGUCGGUCCCGAUAAAGUGUCGGCUGCGUCCGACGGCUCGCUGCUGCUGCACGACUUCAAACGGAAUGACUCGGCGGUUUAUUACUGCAGCAUCACUCAGGGAGACGAGCAGAAGAAGAACCCGCCGCCGGAGGACGUCAUGGGGUCAUGAUGUGACCUUCGCAGCUCUCAUGUUCCUCAUCUUUAACCUCUCAGCUUCAGACUCUCUGUUCGACUUUCACUGCAUUUUAAUACAUUUACUAAAGAAAAUAUUUCAGACUACAGAGCAGCUGUUCUACCUGAGAACAACAAAUAGAAACACCUGUAUGAUGUCAUGCAAUACAAUAAACUGACCUUUUAAUGAUCUCAUUAAACAAUCAUGUUUGUUUGUUGUCAUUCUUUGUUAUUAUUAGUAUUUUCAUUAUCUUUACUGUUAAUCUUUCAACAUAUUCACUAUUUGAUUCUCCACUGACUGACUGACUGACUGACUGACUGACUGACUGACUGACUGACUGACUGACUGACUCACUGACUGACUGACUGACUGACUGACUGACUGACUGACUGACUGACUGACUG